AUGAACAACGAUUUAUGCGAAUCAAUUAUUAAUCAUGCAAAUCGAAUAUUUCUAUCAAUAGCCAAUAUGAAUGGAUAGUUAAAUGAAAAUGGCAGCAUUGCAAAUCAUAACACUACAUCAUCCAACACGUCACCAACAUAAGGGCUAGCAUUCGUAAUGUUUCUACUAUUUACUACAUAUGCAUUACUAUCACUAUUCUCUCCACAAAGAUAACCAGUCAUGCAAAAGGGCAUUAUAUAACACUAACAGAAUAAUCAUCAUCAUCAUGAUUGAUUGACUAUUGAACUCUUUUUUAUAUGACUUCUUUAGUUAUUAAUUUUAAUCAA